AUGGAACAUCACCCACCAGCCGCCGCCCUCUUUCCACAUCACCCAUCAUACUUCCCAUCCCCAUCCUUCGCUCACGAUCCACCCAUCGUACACCACCCUCCCAUCGCACACUACCACCCACCCAACCUUACCACCCAUCGCACACCUCCACACACCCAUCUCACCCCACCCAGCCGUCACAUGCCACCCACCCACCGCACACCACCACAUACCCAUCGCACAUCACCACCUACCCAUCGCACAUCACCACCUACCCAUCGCACAUCACCACCUGCCCAUCGCACACCACCCCACACCCAUCCAUACCGCCCACUCAACGCACACGACUACCAAAAAUUCAAAAAGAUCAAGAACAACUCUUUGAAAGGUUAUGGCCCUGAAAAGGGCCGUUUUUAA